CGCCUCACAUUUUGCGUCAAAGUUGAAAACCUUCUGCAGUUUCUGAAGGACGAGAAGGGUGCAUACGCAAUGGCUCUUAACUACUUGAAAUCAUGUUGUUGGAAGCAACAUAUAGGACAUCUAAAGAAUAUGAGAUACUUUCCAUUGACUAUGCGACAUCAUUAUGACCUGUUAUGCAGAACUGACUGGCCUCCCAGGGAUAUAGUCUUUGUGGGAAACCAGGAAAGAGCUGCUCACCUGCAAAAAUGUGACAAUACACCAAAACCAGUUCUGGUCACGGUACCACAUGUCUUUGGAAGGGACACUUUUUUUGUGUUACCAGAAGUAAUCAAUGACAGAGUGAAAUCACACUGCAACACUGACGCUGCUAGUGAAAAGUUGUAUAGUACUGUCACCAUAAAGAAAAACAAUGGAGGUAAAAUAACAAAGAUUAAAGACAGUUGUGUGUCGGAACUUGAAGCUCAUAUGACAUUGCCUUCCACACAUUUAUCUUCAUCCGAAAGCUUUGUACCAGCACAGGGAUUUAAAGGCAAAUCUGUGACAGCUCCAUUUUUGGAGUCCAUGACAUUUUUCGAUGGCUACAUGGCAACACAACAAAUGGAAACUGAUCAGUGUAUGAAACAGAAAGGAGAAAAUGGAAUUUUAAGGAAAUGUGAGAAAAAUUCAGAAACAGAUAUACUGUCCUGUUCUCCUAAAAAUAAUAAAAGUGAGAUGCCCACAGGAAUCCCAAAAAAGGACCUUCCCUCACCUAAACAACUAGGAAUCAUCCAGGAGAAGAUCGUCGACCAGUUUGGAAUGUUCCUCAAAAGAAUAACGAAUUAUGAAGACUAUGAUAUGGACAACUUUGUCUUUGUGAACAACUUUUUUGGAAAUGAGAAAAUUUACAAGGGAUCUCAGUAUCAUUGGAUUCUCUUUGGUAUCAAGUUGCGAUGUCAUAUGAGGUUUGUAAUUGUCAAUAUAUCUGUGACGAGUGCGUCAUCCAACGUGGAGGACGGAACAGUGAAAGUUUAUUGGCAGUUAGUCGGUGUCACUCAGACCUACUUCUUCAGAAAGUUAUGGAAAUCCUUCGGCAAUUACCAGGCUGUGGUGGAUAAUGCAGAGUAUUAUGGUGGUGUGUCUGUGUUCCAUAUCAACAGUGAAGGAAAGAUUUACAGACACAGAGUAGAUCGGAUGGACCAGGUCAAGGAAGGAAAGGCAGUGAGACAACCGGAAAUGGCAAUGGCUUAACAAUAUUUUGAUCAGGAGUUUAUGGUUACAUGUACCUCUAAAUGAAGGAUUUGUAUGCAUUACUUGGAUAUUCUUUACACCUCAGUGCUGUGCAGACCAAUUGUUAUGCCCUGUUGUAUGUUUAGGUAUUACCGUUAAGCAAGCUUAUCCCACAUAAAGUGCUACACCAGAUCAAGUUUUGCCCGUCUCAUUUAUGUCUUAUACAUUAUACAAGUUGAAACAUUUGAUAUCACUACCAUAGGAAACAUUUCAAGUGGCAUUUUAACAGGCAAUUUCUUUAUGGAGGAGGAUCACACUAGAAGGUUUGACUAUUUGAACUGUUUUGUCAGUUCUGCCAAGAACAUUUUCAAAAAUCAGUUUUUGAGGGAUCCUUGAUGGCAAGGUGUUCUGUUUAUUGUUGUUAAACAGUAGGAUAAGACAGACUACACAUCAAUAUGCUACUCUGGUUUUUAUAUUACCCUGUGUAAGAAAUGUCUCUCAUCCAUCCUUUUUUACUUAAUUAAUAUGAUUACACUGUCAUUGUAAAACCAAGGCCAUAUUGUUUCCUCCAUUUGGAAACUUAGCUACUAAACUGAGAUUUCUUGAGCAAGAACAUUUAUGCUCGGGCAGCAUUCUUUGACUUAUGUUAAGGGCUGAUCACUGUUAUAAGAAGGUUUGAUUUAUUUAUUUUUUAAUUAGAUAAUGUAACAUAUAUAUACAAAAUUAUAAAAUACUUCAUACCUGCCAAAUCAUCUGCCUUUGUGCUAGGUAGAAUAUCUUUUGCAGUUGCACUGCCUAUUGAAAAUGUUUUAAGAAUUAACAUACCUGUAAGAAAAGGACAUACUAGUUAAUUAAAAGGCAAACUUUAAUACAUACAUGUACCCGUAGUAUAAAUGCUGUAAAUGUAUUACUGAUUUUGAUGACAUUGAAAAGUUAUCCUGCAAUUUAUAUUACCCAGUGGCUUGACCAUUUUGACCAUCUUCAACCCUCAUAUCAUUGUCGAAAACUUGGCAGGUAGGUAUGGGAAACAAGUUUAAGGUACUAAACAAUAUUCCUGCAAGCUAUAAGAUGCCUGUAAGAUAGCUGUUGGAUUAAGGACAGUUGUAGACUUUUAUUUUCCAGUUUGUUAAUAUUAGAACCAUAUGGUGUUGAAGGAGGGAUUGUUGCCAGUCAAAGACUAAUGUAGCCGUUCGAUGAAACUUUAUGUGACGUUAAUUUUUUCCUUGACCUGAAAUAUGUGCAUGAUUGUUUCAGAACCACUGGGCCACAAAGUGUACUAGGUGUAAAAUGGACACCAUGAGGUGUAGAUUUUAUCAUGUGCUUGAACUUUUUUUCAGAACUAGAAUAAGCAGAUCUGUGAUAUUUUCAAUUAGAUGUAAUUAGCUGAGGUGUAUACAAAGUUCAUAUUGAAAACCUGGUUGAUGGACAAAAAUUGUUUUACUACAUAUGGAACAAGACCUAGGAAUAAGUCAUAUUUUCAGAUAUUGGGGCAAUACGUAUUACAAAUAUGUGUCAUGGAUGGAGAUAACAUACAUGGGCAUUAACUGAUAUCAUUAGUUAGAGCUUUUGAUGUUUGGUAUUUGGCCUAGUGCACAUCUAAAAUGGUUGAAAUUUGAAUUCUAUGGUUACGACAUGCCCAAGGGCAAAUCUUCACAUCUCCAUACAACAACAGGUAACUGAUAUCUCAGAAAAUCCUCUGUAGUUUUGUAGGGCUUUUACUGCAGCUUUGUAACUUUGUUGGAAUAAUUUCAGGAGUGUUCCCUCCUAUACAAUUGAAUGUAGGCUUAUGAAACAUUAGUACCUGGUAUGUGGGUUAUAGAGGGAGAUGGAGUGUUACGGGUAAAGUCACCAUGUUCUAGGUUAUGACCUCUGACUUCAAACAAUUAAAAUCAGUUUCAGAGCAUUUCUCUUUUAAACUAUUUCCCGUUUGAUUGUCACGCCUAGAGGAAAUGGGGUAUUUUUCUCCAUUACUGUUUGGUACUCUUAUAUAAACCAGAAUUAGUUAUAUCUGAUAUGACCUAGUUGUCUGCAGUACUGUUAAGUUCACUGCAAUAUGACAGUGACAAGUCAGAAACAAAAAUCAUUACAACACCUGUGAAAGCAAAGGAAGCAAUUAGACAUAUCUCUGUGAAAAUUUGAAAAAACGUAAUCCUGGUAGUAUGAUUUUUUUUGUCUUAUAAAAAUUUGCUAGGUUGACAUCCCUGAAUACUUUGAAUGUCUGAAAUAGUGAUAAGAUGAAGGAAAGAAUUUUGUCAGGGGAGAUAACCUAAUCCAGGGAGGAAGACGUAGUAACAAGUUUUUAUACGAGGUUAAUUGAUCUUGAACUUGUUAAAUAUAUUGAAAGCGAUUGUAUAUAUAUAUGUGGUCUCUAAAUCUGUAAGUUUAUUAGACCUUAAAUAUCACCUAAUGAUUGUGCAAUUAUUUGCAUAAUAUAUACUACGGUAUAGUAUACACUGAAACACAGGGAAUAUGUUCUGGAUAACUUCGGAAUAAUCAGAACGUUUAAUGGAUUGUCUGAUAACUGAUCAAACAGAGACAUAUGUCGUAAAAAAUAAAUUAUUGGCUUACUAACUAUAGGAUUAUAGUUGUUGACUAUGGAAAUAUGAUACUGUAUACAGGUAAACUUUCGCUCCGUCAAACAUUAGCCAUUCACUAAAAGAUCUAUAUUUGCCCAGUUUUAAUUUCGCCCUCCUGGAUGCAAUUAAUAAAAUAUAUUAUCGUACUUCCCAACCUUUUGGAAAUUUCUAUGGGGGAGAUUAUGUGUACUCGGAAUAAAAAGCAAAAAUUAAAAUGUGAAUAUGUACACCAUAGAGGAAAAAAAUAACCCUUUUAAAAAAACAUCUUUUGAGUUGUCUUUUCAGACGGAAAUUUCCUGGUUAACAGUACACUGACUAUAGUAUUUUACUGGUACAAUAUGUAGUAUGUUAUUGAUAAUAGGAUAGUUGAACACUGUUUUGCUUCAUGUAGGUACUAGAAAUGUUUUUGUUAUCACUGUUGUCGUAAAAAGGCCAAUGGUCUUGGCAAAGCUAUGUAUUUUGUUGUAAUAACCAUUGAUGGUUAUACAAUAUAUAUGUGUCUGCAUGUGUAUUAAUGUCGUAAAGUAGCUACUUGUACCAAGGUGAGAUGAUGAUUAGCCUAUGUUUUCCCAAUAAUACCAUAGUUUUUGCUUGUGUACAACUUAACAGAAAUGGACCUUGUGGAUUUGACAGAAAACUGCUUGUACCAGUGUUUUAUUCUGACCAUAGAUUUUUAGUGAUAUGAAUUGAAUUGUCUAAUAAAAGUAUUUAUCAUUGGAAAA